AUGGGUGAUGAUGACGGCUCUGGAGGUGCAGGAGGCGGCCUUGUUGCACAGACCUAUUGGAGCAAUGGCCAUUAUAUUUUUUCCAAUCCUGCUAAUUCCACUUUUGGCUUCACUUUUGGGUCUGGUGAAUCUGCUCAGGAAAUUAAAUCUAAGAGUGACUAUGGCGUUAAAGUAGCUACUGGAGGAAGAGAUAGAUCUGGUGCUGGUAGCGGUUGGUUUGGAGGAUUUGCUAGUCAAUUUGGAAAUGCUGGUUCAGGUGGUGGGAGUUCGUGGGCUUUGUCAAUGGAUGCUGAGAUUCCAAAGGGCAAUAUUCCCGCAAAAGGACCUUUCUACGACCAACCUGACAGCAAAAAAUAUUUCUUCUCUUUAAGUGAUGGAUUUAUUUUUACCGAUGUUAAAUCAUUUCCUGGAAUACGAGAAGGAAAUGGCAGACUUGUCAUCACAAUACUUCAACUCAUCGAGAAGCCAUCAUUGAGAUCGAUUUGCUACUUGAAAUUUGGCUUUGAUAUUUUAUUUAUUCAAUUGAUUUCACAAACUUAA